AUGUCGCGUCCUAGUACGGUCGCUGCCCGAUGCGCUGCGCUAGGAACUUCGAUCGCCCAGGUCAUCCCGGAUAUCAGCAGCUUUGCUCGCAAAUUCCGCGAUGCUCGUCACGAUCUGAACAAGAUCAACAGUGAUCUGCUCGUGAUCAGAACUGGGCUGAGUAUUGCGCAAGACGACUUUUCGGCAAAGUGGGCCGAGCUGCCGGCGUCUCUGAUCGAUGCUGUCUCGCGAGUUUUGGACUCAUGCGACGAUACCUGUGAACGAUUGCAUAAGGCUUUUCUUAAGCUCUCAUGUGGUAGUAAACCGAAAGAGGACUGGCGUGUGCUGAAGGACGGACCUUUGGUGAAUCUACGGCAUGAUCUUGACGCCUCAAAGGUGGUGCUAGAGUUGUGUCUAGACUAUGUCGCAUUAUUUUGCCAACAGGAUACGAUGGAUUCGUUACUUCAGAAUUUUGUCAGCGAUCUCAUCACGCAAAGUGAUGAAUUGCUGAAGAAGACGGAUACAGAUGAGAUUUACGUGAAUCAAACAGCACGCGACAAACUGUCUUCACUAUUACAGGCUGUCCGUCUGCUUCGAUCAUGUAUCACAGCUAUUAAACGGGACGGGCCGUCUGCAUCACAACUAGCAAAGAGGACUACUCUCCCACGUCCAGAUUCCCUAGAGCCCGCCCUUGGCGAGGAGCCUCGAAGCGGCAGGAAGAGCCCCCACGAACAAGCUUCAACACGAAACAGCGCUAAUGACGGCAUUGGCACAUGGCUCGCCAACGUUCCGUCCUUUGAAGACGCGCAGACUCUCUCUUAUUCCGCACUUGAACAAACAUCUGUUCCCAGGCGACUUCUGAUACCGCCAUCCCGGGAAGACAUCACCCCAUCGCGCGGCACAUUCUACACUGACGACGGCGCGGCAUCCAGUCCUACCCUAGUACCACCGGAAUCUCGACUCAAGAAGUCAUACAGCUGGUGUACUGAUCUCUCAGGGAAGGCGAGUACUCGGCUACAACUUGCGUCUAGACACGCAUCAAAACAAGCAUCAAAAUACACAUCAACGCUGUCCAGCUCAGACGUCUCCAUUUUUCAUAGGAAGAUCACCUCGGACCGGAUAGCUGUGACAAAGGGCAAACGAAAAGAGUUGGAGCCGAACCAGAGGGCUGCGGUAGAUCGAAUCCUGGCAAACAUACCAGCGGAAGCAACAGCUGCCGAAGUGGAGAGGGUGAUAUGGGAAGGCGCAAACCCCAUGGCGACGCACCCAGAAUUCGGAUACUUCUUCAUUCGAGUAGCGUACGAAAUGUCGCCAGACAUUCUUACCCUUCUCUUGGAUUUUGGGGCUGACAUUACUCGUGUCAAUCCAGCACCAUCGUCGUAUUACUCCGCAAUGCAUGCCGCAACAUUAGGACGGCAGCUCGCCACUGUCCGUUACCUUGCUUCUUUGGGCCACUCGAUCGACAACCCUGAUCAUGAUGGAGAAACGCCCCUUCAUCUUGCUUGCAGGACGCCUGGUGCGUCUGCGAUAGCAAAGUACCUUGUUGAAGCUGGUGUGGACGUGAACUUUGAGGCGAAGAACGGACGCACACCACUACAGUCUGCCCUCAAAGCGGUGAGACUCGAGGGCAAAGAGAGAAGCAUGUUGAUUGAGCUUCUGCAAACACAUGGCGCUGAGGGUGAAGUGAAGAGGGAUUUGGACUGUGGGAGGGGUAACGAGAAGGGAAGACAUGUGCUUGGAUUAACAUGA